GUCCAAAAAUCCAAUUCGAUGUGCAUUUUUAACAAUUGCCAUUGCAAAAUACGACGCCGAAAGAAACGUAUGUUGGUGAAGUUGUUCGGUGGAUAAUUUCUUAGAUAAAGAUGUGCAAAUAAGAAAGUCAGCUCAAGUAAAAAAUGUAUAAAGUGUGAUUUGAUGCUUGCAAAGUUUUAAUAGCAAAGUGAAUGUAAAUUACCUUUUAUAAGGUAUAAAGAAGUUUCGAAUAUUUAAAUAUUUUGUACAAUUGGCAUAUUUGCCCGCUAGUACCUCUAGUUGAUUUGCUGCCUCCUGCGUUCGUAUAUGUGUGAAUUUGUGUGUGUUACUUUACAAUACAUAGAAGCCGGAAAAGUAUGUAAAAUAAAGUUAUCAUAAAAUAAACAAAAAUAUUCCAAAAUUGCAGUGCUAAUAAAUUGAAAAGUGUUUAAAUCUAUUAUGGAGGAUCAAUUCAUAAGUUAUUUAUGAAAUAAAUUUAUUUUCUACGUUAGCUCAUACAACACAGUUCAGACGAGCCCGCCACUCCUUCACAGGAAAAUUUUUCAAUUGUCUGCAAUCGCUACGCUGCAAAAUUUUGACUCGGCAGUGAAUGUAGGAAUAACAUACAUAUGUAUACGUUCCUACUGGAGCAUAACACUAGCUGCUGGAGCCGAGCUAGUGUUUUAGUGUAUGUGUGUGAGUGUGUGGUUCAUGAGCCUGUAAAUAAGGAAGCCGAAUAGCGAACAGCAGUAGCUACCACGGCCAGUUUAGGGAGUUAUUUGUCUGCAAACAAUCAAAAGGAAUAUUUUUGCAGCGGCUGCAAAGGAAUAAAAGUAAAUACAGAGAAAAUCUAUGUUUAAAAAGUGUGCACAGAAAAAUCUGUAGUGAGCUAAGAUUCCCAAUGUACAAGAUAAAAUUAUUUUAUAAUAAUAUACGGUGAAUCGUGCGAAAAAUUACCUAUUUGUAUAGCAACUUACUACAACUAAAUUUCUAACGGUAUGCUUUACAACCUAUUUUAACUUCAAUUUUGAUUUAUUUUAUUAAUGAGACGAGUAUUUUGUAAAUCAAACGAACACAAGCGAAAGCAGCGAUUGCAAAAAUACAAAUACAUGCUUUUUUUUGCAUACGAAAACUAAAUUUAUUUUGUAAACAAACAAAAGUCCAGCCGCCAGCAGCGCCGAAUUCAUUCAUUUGUGGGUAGUCGGCGGAACGAAAAAAUGUUGGCGGUGCAGUAGCGUUGUGUUGCUGCAUGAAUGCACAGCUGCAGCUGGACGGCGAACGCAUAGAAGGCGGAAGAACAAAAGGAAGUGCCAACAGCAGCACUGAACGCUGAAUAGUGGUGGCAACAAAUAUGUUGCAACAAAUUAAGUGGCAACAACAGCAACAGCGACAAUAUAAUAAUAAACAACAAACGCAACAACAACAACGAAUAACAAAAUAACUAACAACAAUAGAUGAAGCAGUAAAAGGUGAGGAGACGAACGAGACGAGCAGCAACGAAAGCCACAGACCAAACAUAAAGUGCAAAUGCAAAUGCAAAAAGUCAUUCCAACCACCACCACAUCGUUGUGGCCGUAAAUGGAGGCGGUAUAAUAAAUGAAAACAAAAAUGACAAACAGCAAGCAACAACAACAAAAGACACAAAAUAAUUAAAGACUUCGCUAUAGCGUCACAACUACGUAAGACAACAAAAACAAUAACAAAAACAACAACAAACAAAAACAACUAUAAUAACAAAAGACUAACCAAUAAACGGAACAAACAACUUGUUGCUGCUCGCAAAAAGCAACUAAAUUUAGCUGCCGCAACAACAAACUCAACCAACUAACCAAGCGUCAUUCACACUUCUCCACUGUCAUCACUGACGCACGAAAAAGCUGGAAGCAGCGUUGCAGGAGCGAAACGAAAAAAGACGAAACACAGCAGUAUUUGUGCAAUUUGCAAAUUUUUAUUUUAAGACGACUCUAAUACCGCUAUUGAAUAUAAUUCUUCACAGCCAAAAUGGAGAAACCCAUACAUCCGACGCCAGUUGGUAAAGUUUCGCAAAUAGCGAAUCUCUUCCAGCGCAAACCCAUCGAAAUACAACCAGUUGAACAGUUAAGCGCCGCCGCCGCUGCUGCUGCUGCCGCCGCCGCUGCCGCUGCAGCUAAUCAGCAACAACAAGCAGGAGGUGGUGGAGUUGGCAUACCGGCCACAGUUGUACGCACUGAAUCACAUUCGGCGCGUUUCAAUAAUGCACGAGCCCUAUUCGAGAAGCUCGGCGUAGAGAAUAAUUCAAAUUCGAAUGUGAAAAUGUCACGUUCUGGCUCGCGUGACGAUAAUCUUUGUGAAGGCAAUAGUUCGGAUCGUUCGUCGUCGCGUUCGUCAGAUCGUUCGAUAUCGCCACCGAAACGACGGUCGCCAUUUCCACCCGGUUGUAAUGUGGCUGCAUCGUUGGCGAAUAAUAAUAACUGUGCACCACCACCGCAAUUAAAUGGUGGUUUAGCGCUGAGUAAUAGUAAAUUUAUUGUAGAACCGGGUACGAAACUACAUCACAAUAUAGCACGUCACAAAUCGGAAGACGGUGUGUUGAGUGGUCCAUCGGUUGGCGGUGUGAGUGCCAUACUCUCAGCCGGUGGCGGUAGUGUCGAUAAGCCGGAAAAACCGGAACGUAAAUUCAAUUCACGCGAGUUAAUCGAGAAGCAAAAGAAGUGGACUUCACACUUUACAAAAACAAAAUCAAAUCGUACACAUAGCGAUCAAAAUCGCUGUGACAUCAUACGCACCGUGCCGGGCACCACGCUCUUUUCCAGCUCGGCCAUACAGAUGAAAGAGAAGGAAAAGGAGAGAGAAAAAGAGAAGGACAGAGAUAGAGAUCGUGAACGUGAUAAAGAGCGUGAUCGGGAAAAGGAUAAUGCCAAUAUUGCCAUAACGGUGGCCUCUCCAAACGCCAAUCAUAAGCCCAACGCUGCCAAUACAGCUGUAUCCGCCAUGGAACAGUUACGCUCUCCUAUCUUAGCUGCUGCCCAGCAGCAUCAGCAAACACAGGAUCAUCCACCCAGUCCACCGGUACGUCAUACGGUCGUACCACCGGAAAUAAAACCGCGUAGUACCAAUAAAAUUGGUAGCCCCAUCAAGUCGCCACCAUUGCCACCCAUACCAGCUGCCAAACCGAAAAACGUCAGUCCAGUUAAAUUCAAUCCGGAGCGUGUACGUUCGCCUACAAAGCUGCCCGAUGUGUCGUCACAGCCACCGCCGCCACCUGCCAAAUCAGCAGCGGUCACCGCAGCACUACAGCGUUCACUAGAUGAACAACAAGCUGCCGCCGCCGCCGCUGCUGCUGCUGCUAUUUCUUCAAAUGCGCCAGUACCACCCGAGAAGCCACGUAAAAAAUCCAUUGAUCUCAUUGAGGAUGAAGAACGACUCACGCCAUCCUCGCCCACCUCAGCUACAUUCCAAUAUGUUGCGGUUGCCGCAAAGCGUGGUUCCGUAGACAGCCUAGGUGGUGGCGCUAAUGGACUGAGCGGUAGUGUUAAUUCGGCUACAUCGUCUUCGCCAGCCGCGAGCGCUUCGUCCGGACCUUGUUCACCGGUCUACACCGAAGAUGAAAAGCAGGAGAAUGAAUCGACUGAGAAAUCGGAAAUUCAGCAGUAUUACAACAGUAUGCCACGUACACGUCGCAGCGAUAACGAAGGACGCUCCAACAAAAACGAACGUCAAGACGUCACCGAUGUCAUGCAUCAAAAUCAACCACAACAAAUUCAAUCUCAAGCUCAAGCGCAAAAUCAUUCCAACAGUAUGUCACCACAACGCACGUCAUCAGCCGCUUCGUCGGCUUCAUCGAAACGCGUCUCAUCAAGCAUUUCUGUGCAAUUACCAGCCGCUGGUUUGGGUUCACGACCUAGCAGCAUCAUCUCAACAAGCGCCAGUCUCGAUGAGGGCGGCUUCAAUGAACCCUCACCGGAGAUAAAAGCCAAACUGAAGCCUGCCUAUGACUUCGAGUCGGUCAAUGGCCGUAGCGUCACUGGCGUGGGUGCCGAUGUGGAUGAAUGUGACCGCAGCCGUAAGUCAACAGUGGACGAGGCAGAGAAGCCCAGUUUAAAUUACGUAGAUGUGGGUUAUCGUCUCAAUCCGGACGGUAGUGAAGCGCGUGAAGUUUUUGGCGAGUCGGAACUUUACGACACCGCCAAAGUGACUGAAAUGCAUAAGAAAUUCCAUGCUAAUGGAUUUGCACAAGAGACCACCACCGUGUAUGCAACCAUUAAAACGGAAGUAACAACAGCCGUUGAGCUCUAUUAUCCUGGCGGUAAGCUGGCUAAAGAGCAGCGCGAACGUGAACGUGUUAGCGGUAUAUUGCAUUCGCCAACGAAAUCCAUUGGCAGCAGUGGUUCACCGGUGAAAACAGCAAUCACCUCUUCACCACCCGUCGGCGUUGUGUCGCCCAUACGUCGACGCAGCUCCGAUGUGAGCGUCAAGUCCACACCGCCCAUGUCACCCACAUCGAUCGGUAGCGGCAGUGGUGGCAGCUGUAGCGCCACAGCAAACACGAAUUCGACAAGCAACACACGUUCGAUUUCGUCCAUUGCUGUGGCGGCGGUGGGCCAAAACAAGGGCAUCGCACCAAUCGCUUCGCUCGAUACGCAGGAGGAAUUUGAUAGUUCGGAACUGCCGGCCUUGCCAGAGCGUCCACCACCUUUUAAUGUACUAAAUACAACUAUGCUAGCGGCAGCUAGUGAUGAACAGUGCAAUGCUUUGGACAUGCAAGACUUGGAAUAUGCGGACAGUAGCGCUGGCGAGGAUGAGGAUGACUUGAUGCGCACAAUCGAGGUGGACGAUGACGACGAUGUGCAUGCGGAUGUAAGCGAGGCGCCACUAGCCACCGUAGCCGAGGAGGAGGAAGAUGAAAAACUAAUUAUAACAACGGUGACGGCGACGGAGGUGGUCAUACCGCGCGAAGACAGUCUACCAGACGCUAUGACCGCCGACGAGGCGGAACAAUUGUUGAGCUCAAGAAUUUUGGAAAGCAAAAUCAGACAACAGUCGUUGCUCUCGGACGAACAAGCCAAAGAAGUCGAACAGAUACUCUCUGCUGCGCCCACUGUAAGUGUGGCCGUCGCAGCUGUUGUUGCCACAGCCACUUCACCGACGAGCAUUAAAAGUCUAAUCGAAGAAACACAACCAGAAACACCGCCAAUAGCCGAGCAACAACACGACAGAAAGGUUAUUACAGCAACAGCUGCCGUUGCUGACGUCGCCAAAGUUGACACUGGCACAGCUAGUGACCUACGUGCUCCGGCAAGUGGCGGAAGUAAUCCAAUAACUGUCACGUUAACAGCAGCUAACGGCGAAGGUGGUCUUGCAUUUGCUGUCGAGCGGAAACCGGCUGAGGAGCAGCACGUCGCCGACGAGGGCGAUGAUUUUAAUGAUGAUGAGGAGGACGACGACGACGAGGAUGUCGACAUAGUUGGCAUUGGCGCCGCACCUGCACACAUUUUGAAUGCGACCUUCACAAAAGCGGAAAGCUCCAAUGUUGUAACUAGCAAGGCCAACAACAACAAUAGUAAGAAUAAUACACAUGACGACGAUGAGCCCGAAUGGCUACGUGACGUACUCGAAGCGCCUAAUCGCAGUCUUGAGAAUUUGCUAAUUUCCCGCUGCACAGCUGCCAGCGGGCGUCGACGUUCGGAGGACAGCCAAAGUGGCGUUGGUGGUGGUAUUGGUGUUGAAAGUCGCGUUGAAAGUAAACAUUCCGAGUUGGUGACUGCUUCGAAAGUCGAGACCAGCUACGAUGUCGACAAUGAUUCGACACUUUUCAUACAACAACAAGACAAGCAUACAUCGCCCAGCAAACAAGAGCUCCAGUCACAGCAAUCACUGUUGAAUCAAACAUUUAUCCAACAGGAUCAAAACAGUCCAACGCCACACGGUCAAACAGGCGAAUCAUUACAAGAAUCGAUUGUGUCUGUUGAGUCAACGCAAUCGGAUGGCACUCUUAAUCAGACGACAACCAUCGAUGAUAGUAUAAUCUCAAGCAAACAUAAUUCGACCUAUUCAUUAGCCGAGGGUGAAUUACAUUCAAUUAAUACAAAUACAACAACAACCAGUCUUGGUGCAGAACUUGACGAUUCACAAUUCUACAUACCCGAAUAUCCGCCAGUGAAGAGUAAGGAAGUGUAUGUGGAGUCGGGUGUACAUUAUUUCGAAGAUGGCAACUUUUGGAUGGAAGUUCCUGGUCUGCUGGACUUUGAUGACGACGAACUCUCCUACCCGCCAAUACCAGUGAAAAAGAAUACCAAAGUUCGAUUCAGCUCUGGACCCAUACAAGUAUUUUCAACAUUCUCCGUAACUGACUAUGAUCGCCGCAAUGAAGAUGUUGAUCCCGUUGCCGCUUCAGCCGAAUAUGAGCUGGAGAAACGUGUCGAGAAGAUGCACGUCUUCCCGGUGGAAUUGAUGAAAGGGCCCGAAGGUUUAGGUUUGAGCAUUAUUGGUAUGGGCGUUGGUGCCGAUGCUGGUCUUGAAAAAUUGGGUAUAUUUGUAAAGACGAUAACCGAUAACGGCGCAGCAGCACGCGACGGACGCAUACAGGUCAAUGAUCAAAUCAUCGAAGUGGAUGGCAAAAGUUUAGUGGGCGUUACACAAGCUUAUGCCGCAUCGGUGUUACGCAACACAUCCGGUUUGGUGAAAUUUCAAAUUGGACGUGAACGUGAUCCGGAAAAUUCGGAGGUGGCGCAACUUAUACGCCUGAGUCUGCAAGCAGAUCGCGAGAAAGAGGAGAGACUGAAAAGACAACAAGAGGAGUAUUUGCGUCGAACACUCGACUACUCGGAAGACUCCACACAGCCUGUUUCGGCCAACUCUAGUGUUUGCGAGGGACCCUCGAGUCCCGUACAAGUCGAGCAUCCAAUGGAGGUCGAGGCUACACACUCACAGGAGGUAGAGUCUCUAAAGAGGCUGCUACAGGAGAGCGAAUUGAGUUGCCUGUUGAAAGACGACAUUAUUGAUACGCUUAAGCGUAAGCUCGUCAAACUGGAAACAACCGGCAAUGAAAAUGAGCUACUCAGCGAGCGCCUGCGUCAAAGCGAACGCGAGCUCACCAAUAUCAAAAAAGAGGCUUCUAAUCUACAAAAUAUGUUACAACAAUCGCAGGCGCAAUAUAUGGCCCUGGAUAAGAAAUACAACAAAGCCAAACGUUUGGUACGUGAAUACCAACAACGCGAAGUGGAUAUGUGUCAUCGUGAGGAAUUUUACCAGCAACUAUUGCAGGAGAAGGACACCGAAUACAAUGCACUUGUGAAGAAACUGAAAGAUCGUGUCAUUAAUUUGGAACACGAAUUGCAAGAGACACAACGUAAGGCCGGCUUUCCCGUUGGUUUGCCUUACGAUAGCGCUACGCUCAAAUUGACGCCACAAAUGAUGCGUAAAACGCCACCAAAACCUUUGUUCCAGAAACUUGAGACGGAAUUGUCCGAUACGGAGAUUUCCGAUCUAUCACCCGAUGGCGAGGGUGUCAAAACGGCGACUGUGGAACGUAAAGUGCCAAUUAAAGAUGAAUUAGAUGCCGCCGUGCCGCAGCAUGAACUUUUAGAUAAUACCGUUACAAAGACGAAAAUCGAUUUAGCAUCACGUGGUGGUUUAGCUAAUCGCCAGCUGCCUUCAACAGCAAACAACGGCAACAACAACUGCAAUACAACAAACACUGCAACUACUAACAACGCCACCGUUAGCGCAACCACAAAUGCCUCUGCCGUCACCACCACCAACAACAGCAGCAGCAAUAGCAGCAACAAUAGCCAAAUUUAUAGCGCUCCCACAGCCGCUAACACCACUACUAACGCCACCAGCCACAGCCACAGCAGCAGUAGCAAUAGCAACAGCAGCAAUAACAACGGCAUCAAGAGCAUCACUUUCGGCAAGCGCACGCUCAGCAAUAGCAGCUCUGACUGUGCGCUCGAAGACAGUGAGGACGAUGGCACCGCCACCACGGUGGCGCAUGUGCACGCCAGCGCUGCCUCUGAUAGCAACGGGCUGUCGAACGGCAGCAAUGGUGGUAGCGUUAUCCACCGCAGUUACUUACAGCAACAGCAACAGCAUCAGCAGCAGCUGCAGCAACAUGCUACCAACGGUCAUCACAGCAAUGUCAGCGCGGGCACCACAACUGCCAUACUGUUGAAUUCGACCGCCACAGCGGGUAGUGGUGUUGCGACUGCGCGCGAACAGCAAAUCAAUCAGCUGUAUGCCCAAGUGCAUAAGGAUCAUAAUAAGAGCGCUGUAGCGGCAGCGGCAGCAGCUGCUGGUCUUGGUCAUUCGACAAUACCGAAUAUAUUUAAGAAUACUAUUGGUUCGCCGCCCGACGUAAGCGUUGGCGUCGGCGUCGGCGGCAUCGUUGGCGGUGUUGGCGAUUUCCAUCGCAGCAAUAUGACAACAUUCGGUACUAGCAGUCGUGAUCUCAAUAGUUCAUACGAUUCCAUUUUAGGCUCAAACGAUAAACUCUCCGAGAAUGAGCAAUCAUCGGAGAAUUGGAUGUAUCCGAGUCGUCGACGUGUCGGACCGACUGGUGCCAUUAUAAGUGGCAAAAUGCCACCGUCAUCAUUUACGGAGCAACUAAAUCAGGCGCUCUCCGAGCGUGAGAGGCGACUUGGUGAUGGCUCCUCGCGUCAUUCCAGCGAUGAUUACACCGAAAUCAAUAAAAGCCAAAGCACAGCGGCCAUAAACUGUAAGACACUAAUCAAUGAAAUACGACAAGCGGUGAAUGAGGCGCAGCCCAAAGUUAAACAAGUUAUACCUCAAUCCCUCUCUCCGCCUGGCACAGUACCAUGGCAACAGCAGCAACAACAACAAGCGACCGGACCACCCUCACCCACUAGCAUGUCAUCGGGCUGCUCCUCACCCGGCUACUCGCCAAGUCGUGCCAUUGAUUUGUCCGGUUCGAGCAGUAGUUUUUCGGAUCGCAAGGCAGCCGCUUGCUACAAUUACAAAGGCGGACCCGUGCAUGAAUGGACCAAGGAGCAGGUUGGCCACUGGCUGAUGGGCAUCGAAUUGGAGCGUUACAUACCCGUUUUCAAGGAACACAACGUUGAAGGCGGCGCACUUCUGUCACUUGAUUCGAAGGAUUUCAAAACGCUCGGCGUUAGCGGUGACGACAAACAUCGUCUGAAACGUCGCCUCAAGGAUCUGAAGGCGAGCAUCGAAAAGGAACGCAAGGAUCAGGAGCGCGAGCGACGUGAGCGUGAGAAAGCUAUACGCAAAGCAGAGAAAAAAGCGGCCAAAAAGAAAUAGGCUUAGUUAAAUUAGUAACAACUAGUAUGCUGGAACUCAAAGUAAAAGUAAAAUAAGUGGAAAAACACAACAAAAAAAUAUAUAUAUAUAAAAUAUAUAAGAAAAGUAAUUAGCAGUUAUAGUAAGUAGUCAUAAUAGAAAUUAUAGUAAAGUUUAACAAGUAAAACAAUCGAUAAUUAAUGCACUUAAAAGUAAGCAACAACCAAAAAUAUGUACACUUAUUCUAAGCAGCACAUAAAUGAGUGGUCACGGAUGCGCUUCGAGUGGAGUGUUGGAAAGUGGUGUGGUGAUUUGUUGUGGACGUGGAAGAAAAUUAUUUGAUUUCUGAAAUUAUCUUUUUAAUAUAAGUUGGACAUCGUUAAUUUGUACUAUAAACAAAACAAGAAAGAAAAUCAAAAUGAAAUAAUUUUUUACACGCUAUAACUCAACUGAAAUAUGUGGGUUUUUUUUUAAAUAAUAAGUAAAUUAUUAUAAUAUAUAAACGUUUCAAAUUGUAAUUUUAAAUUUUAAGCAAAUCGUACGAAAUUUGAAUAUUCACUGAAUAUUACUAAAAGCCUAGCGUAUAAGUCACUAGAUGUGUGUGUAUUUACUACACUUGAACGAACAGCAGCAGCGACACUGAAAUGAAAUAUGAAUUUAGAAAAUGAAAUAUAAUGAGAAAAAAACAUUUGAAA